GCCUAGAUUGCAGUGAGCUGGAGGGGAGUGGUCUCUGUGGGACUGAAAUAGCAGCAGUUACAGAUAACACAGGAUCCUGUAGUGCAUGGCAAAGAUUCUGAUUUUAUUUCUGUGUCUAGUGGGAAGACAAGGAAGGAUACUUAAGCAGGGAGGUGAUGAAGUCCAAUUUCUGUUUUACAGUCCUAUUUUAAGAAGAUCAUCAUUGCUGCUGCAUGGAGAAUGGAUUGAAGCAAACAGGGAACUUGAGAGAAUAGUUGGGAGCUUGGUGCUAGAAGCUGGGUGAGAAGUAACAGUAACAUAGACUCAGGUGGUAACAGCUGAGAUGGAGGAAUCUAGACCCAGGCUGUCUGAUAUGGUGGCCACCAGCCACAUGUGGCUACCGAACACUUGAAACAUAUGAGUGUAAAUACAAACCAGAUUUUGAAGACUUGGUGCAAAAAAAAAAAGAGAGAAUGUAAAAUAUUUCAUUAAUAAUUUAUCUUGAUUACAUCUUGAAGUAAUAUUAUUUUGGAUAUUUCAUGAUAAACGAAAUCUUUUUUCACAAAAUGUGGCUACUAUAAAAAUUUAUAGUUUUUGUAAACUAUAUAAAAAUAGAAGGGUGUUAAUAGUGACAGAGUGCAUAAAACCAAGUAUCUUAUUCUGAGCAACCUUGCUAACAAUGCAUGAUUGUUUUCCUUGUUGACGAUCAGUUCAAACUAUUUUUAUACCAACAGAGUGGACAGAACAUUUAGGUUUAAUAUCUGUUACACAACAUUUAAUAUCAGUUCACAACAGUCAUACAACAUUAAACUUGGACAACUACAGAUAGGAUAUUGUUUUCUUUUGUACUGGCAAUGUGACCACAAAAACAUCAGAUAAUUUCUCUGAAUUGAGAAUUUUACCCCAAUAAAUGCCACAUGCCUGCAAGACAUAUUUUAUAGUAUAAUAAUUUCUUUGUGGAAUAUUUAUACAUGAGUUGAAUUUAAAAGGACUUCACCCUUCCGAGAUUUUUCUGCCUUUAUCAGAAUAACCUUCCAGUCUUACUAACAGCACAUUGUUCAAGGCCCUUUUUGGGCAUAAUGGGAAGAGCAUUAGGCUUUAAAGACAGAAGAAUUUGGCUCUGCUUCAGCAUCCCUAAUGAGUGAACUUAGACAUGAUUCACCUUUCUCACCCCCCUUACUUAUUGGUAAAAAGCAGAUGGAUAAUGGUGCAUAGUGCCAGCUGCUAUGCAGUUCAUACCUUAUCCCUCAUCCUAAUCAAAGCCCACAACCUAGUUACUGCUGCUUCCAUUGUGCAGGCAAGGAAGCAAAUUCAGAAAGGGUGAGUGAUUUACUGACGGCUACAUGGCUAGAAAGAGGUGAAGCCUGUUUUUUUGAAUUGGUCUUUCUGGCUUCAAAGUCAGCUGGAAAAAAAAAUUCCCCUCAUUAUUCCCCUUGCUAAUUUCCCUGUCAACCUAUAACAUUCUUGGGAAGGUCAAAUUAGAUUGGUGAAUGGGCUCUGGAAAAAUGUCAUAAAAAUAUGCAAAUGCAAGACAUUAUUACUUCUCAACAGAACAGUAGGAGCAUAAAAUGAAGCUACAGGUAAACACCAACACCAGCUACUGUAAGGGUGUGUCUAUAUCUGUUUAAGUGAAGUGAAUCUCACAUGUUGUUUUCUCAAAUUCAGGCUCUGAAAGUCAUAUUUACAAAGGUAUAAUUUCCUCCCUCAAGAGGAAAAUUUAUAGGGGUCAGAGGAAAAUAUUUGAGUGGUCAUUCUAAAAGCUCUGAGUCAGAUGCGUUUAGCAUUAUAUGGUAAGUGCUUUCAGCGGGAGCAUAAACAAGCCUCAGGCCGGAUGUGGCUUCCUCCAAGUAGGCCGGCUCAUUCCUGGGGAGCUCAUUCUGCAACCGGCUGGGAGAGGAACCGAAGGCAGGAUGAAGAAAUUAUUCGUGCUCACACUCUCUCUCACCUUCCUGACUUUCUUCUCAGGGGCCUCCCGGAUGCUGCCCGAGAAGCAGGCCAAACAGCUCCUGAGGUCCCGGCGCCAGGACAGGCCCAGCAAACCUGGGUUCCCCGACGAGCCCAGGAGGGAGUACAUGCACCACCUGCUCGGCCUGGAGCGCCGCGCUGAGGAGCAGUUCCUGGAGCACUGGCUGAACCCUCACUGCAAGCCCCACUGCGACAGGAAUGUGGUCCACCCCGUGUAGAGGGCGCAGGCCGGCCUCCGCAAGCAUUCUGAGAGGCAAUGACCUGGAUGCUGUCAGAACAAGAUGAGGCUCCUCCUUUCGUUUGUGUCUCAACUGUGGAAGUGGAUGUCUUCAGAGCCUGUGAGCGUGGGCACGGCAAGGGUUGCCUUGGGGACUGAUGGCAAAUGGAUAUGUGCCGCUUCGUUUUACUAAUCUGCCUAACUCCUUAACACGAAUAGCUUUCAGUACAGAGGCUCCCCUCACACAUGGCCUUCUGGUUGGAAAGGGUGGGCAGGAGAACCUUACUUGGGCGGAUGGAGCUGGCGUCCUCAGGAAGGGUCGUCGUGGCAGGCGGCCUGCCCUCCGCACUCUGGGGGGCCUUGUGUGGAACAGUGACGCACAUCCCCUGGGGCCGUGCCGCCCUUUUGGUGACCUGUUUUUCCCCUCUCCUUUCCUGCUCUAAUAAACAUCAGUGCUAAACCUG